AUGCGUCUGCUACAGCACUUACCAAACGGCAGCUUCAAGCUAAUCUCCUUCGCCGACGAUGCUGUGCCCCCGUAUGCGAUCCUGUCGCACACUUGGAUUGACGGUGAAGAAGUCAUGUACAAUGAGCUGGUGGCCGGUAUACGCAUGGACAAAGCCGGCUACGAGAAGAUCGGCUUCUGUGCAGAAAGAGCUGCUCUGGAUGUCCUGGAGUACUUCUGGGUGGACACCUGCUGCAUCGACAAGUCGGACGGGCAGGAGCUUAUUACAGCCAUUAACUCCAUGUUCCGCUGGUACCAGCGCGCGAACACGUGCUAUGUAUACCUGUCAGAUGUUUCUGUGCCGGACAACGUCGUUGAUGCCCAGGCAUUCCGAUAA